GUUCACACAUGAAGAAGACAGACUAUCUUUACAGGAUCUCUUCACAGAAUUCUUGUAAGCGAGGAAAUAUACCCAGUUUUAUCAAGGAGUCUCAGUAAAAUGGACAGAAACGGCAGUUGCAACAGUACAUUUUCUAAGGACUUGUUACCGCCUAUCUACGGUGUGGAGAUGUGUGUGGCACUGGUGGGGAACAUACUGGCCCUGUGGCUCCUUGUGACUAAGGAGAAGAAGAACUGGCACACAGGAGUAGUGAUUUCCUGCAACCUGAUCAUCACUGACAUCUUUUACGCCCUCACUCUUCCUCUUCGGAUCGUCUACUAUUCAAGAGGACGGGUCUGGGGAUUUGGUAAUGCACUCUGCAAAAUAGAGCGUUUUCUCUUCACCUGUAAUCUCUACGUCAGCAUUUACUUCAUCAUGUGCAUCAGUGUCCAUCGAUACCUGGCCAUCGUUCAUCCAUUUUUCACACGCACACACAUUUGCCCAAAACACGCCAAGAUCAUCAGUGUGUUUGUCUGGAUCUUUAUUGCAAGCAUUUCAUCUCCAGUCCUCUACUAUUCAGGUCUGAAUAAGGACAGAUGUUUCUUAUUUGCAAAUUACAGCAGUAAAGCACUUAAACCUAGCAAUACAGCCUAUAUAUUGUUUAUGGGUGUUACAGGCUGUUUGGUACCUUUUGUGGUUACUUUUGCAUCAUAUAUUGGUGUUUUGUGGGUGGUUUGCAAAAAUACAAGUAUCACUCCACUGGAGAAAAGAAAAGUUGCCCUGAUUGUAGGUUUAGUCUGCAUCCUGUAUGUCGUGUCUUUUGUCCCGUAUCACAUUCUGCAAAUAAGGAACUAUAAACUGAUAGAAGAAAAUAAGACUAAUUGUUAUGUGCGUAAUGGAUACCAAUUGUCAAAGCCAUUAGCCUGCCUGAACAUUUGCCUUCAUCCCAUCCUGUACAUGGCUGUGUCUGACAGUAUCAGAGCAGUGUGCUGCAGAAGGAGCUCAAAUUAAUACAACCUGUGAUUUCACCAGUUGGAGUCAUUAUGCAAAACAGAUUCUUAAAGUGUCCAGAGUUUUUUUUUGUUUUUUGUUCAUAAUAUGUUUAAUCAUGCUGUUUCUUUCAGGGCCCAUUGUGGUACUCUAUAAGUCCAUCAAGACUGUAGAAGAGCUAAGCUGAAGUUGAACCUAAAUGUAUUACUGUGCUAAAUUGCAUCACAUUGAAUUAUUUAACAGCUUUGUAAACAUCAUUUCCUUUUUUAGGACUUCCUUUUUAAACAGUUAUUGCAAGUUAAAUAAGGAAGAGCGGAACAUUCUGAAUGCUUACCAAGUGUGUAAAAUAAUUCUCCAAAAGUGUGGCAGUGAAACUACACAGCCAAAGUGGUGCUUUGUCUAGAAACUGACUCAUUUCAAAAGACCACAAUAUAGUGUUACAGAUGUUGUAGAGGCACCGGAGACACUUUUGACCUGACAUUUUUCUUAGUGCAUAAAAGAUAAAAGCAGAGCUCUCAAGAUUUGAAGACAGGCAAGCGUGACAUCUCCAACCCCCACCCCCACCCCAACCCCCCAAGUAUUUGUAAUUGCGUGAG